ACCCAUUGCAGCAACUUGAGGAGAUUAUCAGUUUCUUUUAAGAACUUGAUGCUCCUGCAAUAUCUCAAUUUACGUGGGUGUAGUAGACUCAUACUUAUGUCAGAUGAUUUUCAAAGCAUUGCAAAGCUGGAGUUUUUGAGCCUUUCUGAAUGUACGCAACUGGACAAGUUGCCCCGUCAUAUCACAAAUCAGGCGUCUUUGAGAGAGCUCUAUUUACAUGGUGUGAAGAGAUUAAGGGAGCUACCAAUUAAAAUCGGUCAACUAAGCAGACUGUUAAAGAUGAAGAUAGGGAGUGACUUGUUGAUAAGUCUGCCAAACUCUCUUGAAGAUUUGUCCUUUUUGACUGACUUUUCAAUUGAGGAUUGUCCCAGCCUGGAAUCUUUGCCAAGCCCUCUUGGAAAUUUGUCCUCCUUAACAAAUCUUUCAAUUAAGAAUUGUCCCAGCCUGGAAUCUUUGCCGACCUCUCUUGCAAACUUGUCCUCCUUGACAGAUCUUUUGAUUGAGAAUUGUUCCAAACUGGAAUCUUUGCCGACAUGCUUUGGAAACUUAUUCUCCUUGACAAACCUUUCAAUUCGUAGUUGUCCAAAUCUUAAGCAUAUAAAAAUAUGUGAGUGCCCAAUCACCCAAGUAGAUUUUGGGGCAGCGUCUUUUCCAUUGAGCAACCUGAAGCGGCUGGAACUAUAUGAAACACAUGUGUGCAGGAUUUCAAUUUCUGAAGACCGUUAUCCCCGCUUUAAGAGGUUAAGGCUUGUUUCUAACAAGCAUUUAACAGAGAUCGCAGCACUGCCAGUAAACCUUGAAUGUUUGUUUUUAUGGGGGUGUCCAAAGCUGGACGAGCUUCCGAGCUUUGCACGAUUAACUUCUCUUAGAGAGUUUGAAGUAAGAAAUUGUGACCAAAUUGAGAAGAUUGAAGGUUUGCAACAUUGCAGAGGAUUGGAAAUAUUGAGUCUACACACCUGCUGGGAGGUGCCGGGCAUAGAAAGUUUGGAGCAGAUGGAGAAUUUGAGGAGGGUGGAACUCAGAGCAAACAAGGGAUCAGCUUUUCAAAGUUGCAUUCAAACGAUACAGAAAUGGCCAGAAGAAAUAACAAUAUGCACACGGUUGGACGCUUAUGCGUCCUCACUUGAAGACUUCUUCCAACCUGGUCUCUCUCCGAAUCUCUAUGUCCUUGACUCCUUCUCUAACCAGGAUAUUUUCUUCGAACCAGAAUUGCUGCAUAACCAUUUCUCUAAUGGCAAUGCCAUUAUGCCCUGUUUUGUUAUAAAACGCAUUUAUUCAUCAGAAAUUUGGUUGUAUCAUCGUAAAGACAAUGGCUCUUAUGGAAUGUCUUCGAUGGAGAUUGGAGAAGGUAGAUGGGCAGUGAUAGGCGUCUUCACAAAACGUUCCAGAUGGUUCACUGAAAAUGAUGCAUUUCACUUCUCAUAUUUGGAAGGACGAGUACCAAGCGUGCAAGUCGAAAGAGGUUUGCUCGUUGGAGGAGAAGAGCAGAGACUAGUGGAGGCAUUAUUGACACUUCUACAAAGCAUUUGUAGAUAAUAUUUAUUAUUUUAUUUGUAGCUAUCAAAGAAGGUUAUAUAGGUGUUUUGUUAUAUUUGUUUGAUUAUAUAUUUGUAUUUAAAAUUAAAUUCAUUUAUUAGUUGAUAGGUUAUAUAU